GCAGAGAAGGCGAGUCGCCCUGCAAGCCCGCAGUGAGCGGGUUAAGCUCCUCCUUAAGAGCUCAUUCAGUAGGCAGCGGGCAGUGCUAUCUCCUACCGUGGUAUUAGAAGCACUAGACUCUGGCAUCAGUCUCUCACUCCUCUUUGGAUCUUGAUAAAGCUGGUGCUGCUGAGUUCUGGGACCCUCCUACCCUCUCGGAUUGUCAAGGGCUGGGGGUUUUUUCCCUUGUCUCUUCCCCAACUGGUUCAUCCCUUUUGGCACUCUUUCCUCUCUUUUUUGGAAUCCAGUUUCUGGUCACAAGAGAUGGCCACAAAGAUCGACAAAGAAGCUUGCCGGGAGGCGUACAAUCUCGUACGGGAUGAUAGCACAAAUGUCAUCUGGGUGACUUUUAAAUACAACGGGUCCACCAUUGUGCCUGGAGAACAGGGAACCGAGUACCAAUCCUUUAUCCAGGAAUGCACAGAUGACAUUCGAUUGUUUGGGUUUGUUCGGUUUACCACGGGGGAUGCCAUGAGCAAGAGAGUGAAGUUUGCCCUUAUCACUUGGAUCGGCGAGAACGUCAGUGGCCUGCAAAGAGCUAAGACUGGGACGGACAAGACCCUUGUGAAAGAAGUCGUACAGAAUUUUGCAAAAGAGUUUGUGAUCAGCGAUCCAAAGGAACUGGAGGAAGAUUUCAUCAAGAGCGAGUUGAAGAAAGCCGGAGGUGCAAAUUAUGAUGCACAGACAGAAUAAAGGGUCAAUAUCAUCUCACCAAUAUCAUCUGCCUGCUUCCCCCCACCCUGCAAAGGGAUGCCAGCAAUCGACCAGCCAGCCAGCGUACCAGGGAAGUGGGAUGUGAGACAGCGCAACUAACGGGUGUCUGCACCCAGAUGCCCUUCCCUUCUCUCCUUUCCUUAUUGGGAAACAUCUUUAGUUUUGUUUUUGGUUUUUUUUUUCUCCUUAAUUUGAUUCAAAAGUUUUACAUGUGAAUCAGAUUUGCAGGCGCCUCCAGCUAUGAGGCUCCUUCCCAUUUUUCUGUCCUCCCCCAUGUCUGCACUUGCAAUGCCACAGCUCAAUCAUGUCAUUGCUUUUCAGCGCCUGCUGAGUGUCCUCAUUGUGGGUUUUUGGUGGGGUUCACAUCUACCAUUUGUCAACGAGACAGAUACCAUUCCAGGAGCUGCUUGAACGGCUUUCAGUCUUCUUAGGACACACACGUUUAUUUUAUCCAAAGGCUCAGACCCUUCUGAGUUUGCCCGAGGUAUACCUCAGUCAGAGUUGCCUAAGCUUAGAUCCAAUAGAUAUAAUGUGACUUAGUAGUUUCCAAAAAUUAUCUCCAACCCUGAGCUAAAGAAAGAAAACUUGCCUUAAAACUUGCUUGGCAGUUGUCCUGAUUGGUGAUAUCCAGUUCCAUUUUCUCCUCUUACCACCUCCCCCUCAAAAUACUGGAAAGGAAUCACAAGUUUGUAAUUCCUGAUUAGAAUACUCUUCUGACCACAGUUCUGAAUGGCAGAAGGCUGAACACAGAGGAUGAUAGUGAGAAGACACACGUUUCCAAGCUCCGCGUGGAUGACAGGGCAUUGGUGACAGAGGCCAAAGAUGAGAGGGUCGUGUUGCACCUUGGGCCCUUCUGGCCCUCCCUGUAUCAAACGGCCUUCUGUUUGCCCUCAAGAAGGCUCUUCUACUCAAUGUAGGACACCCAGUUCAUGAGCCAAAGGCCCCUCAGCCUUGCCUUAGCUGUUCUCCAAGAAUCAGUCAUCCAGCCCUUUUGGAACACAGAAGUCAGUUUCAGUCGGAACUUUAGGUCACUAUGGAAACUUCAAAAGCUUUUUUUUUAAAGAUGAAAUUGGCAUGUUUUUCAUGAGCGUAUUUUAUAUUCUUUCUUUUCAUAUCAUUUAAGGAAAAUAUUGUACUGUAUUGGGGUGUGGGAGAAUAUCGGCGCUAAAAACGAUUUACAUAAAUAAAUUUUUUUUCUUUUCCAAAACGAA